UGCGUCGCGUCAUGUGACCGGCUGUCAUGGCGGCGGCGCUGCGGCUGUGUCGCGGCGUGGCUCGGCUUUGGCAGCAGCCGCUCCUCAGUCGACCGCCGCCUCGCCGGGCCGGCUCCAGCGGCGCCCGGAGCCGCCUGUACGAGCACGCGCGGGAGGGCUGGGCUUCGUGGCCGCGGCUGGACGUGGCGGGGCUGAGCGCGCGGAUGAGCGAGGCCGAGCGGGAGCUGGAGGCGCGCAAAGGGCCUCUCAAGGCGCCGGAGCUGCGCCAGCUUGUUUCUGUUUGGGAGAGACUGAAUCAGGUUCAAGAGGAGAUUGCAAAACUCAGCGUAGAGAAAAACAGAGUGAGGACAGAAGCGUACAAUUUUACACAAAGCCAUGAUGAGAGUACUUUACAGAUGCUGCCUGUUUACAAUGCCUUGGUGAAAGAGGGGAGGGAAAUCCGUUGUCGCCUUCAUGCCUUGCGCCAGGAGCAGAUCGAGUUGCAAGAGAAAUACUAUCUGGAUGCCCUAAAGCUGCCCAACCGGAUUCACCCUGAUGUGCAAUUUGGAGAUGAGAACGAACCCAGGAUAGUGGAGAUUAUUGGCGAAAAACCAGAAUUUGAUUUCAAGGUCAAAGGACACCUAGAAAUUGGAGAAAAGCUGGACAUUCUAAGGCAAAGACGCUUGGCGCAUAUUUCCGGUUUACGAUCGUACUACCUCUGCGGGGCAGGUGCUCUGCUUGAGCGAGCCCUGGUCCAGUUCACUUUCUUCAAGCUGAUCAAAAAGGGUUUCAUUCCCAUGACCGUCCCGGAUUUGCUUAAAGGAGCCGUGUUUGAAGGCUGUGGCAUAUUACCUGAAGUCCACUCCUCCCUCGUGUAUAGCAUAGACCCGUCCCGGUUUGAGGAUCUGAACUUGGCGGGAACAUCCGAGGUUGGCAUUGCAGGUUAUUUUGCAGACCAUGCCGUAGCUUUGAAGGAUCUACCCGUCAGGAUAGUGUGUUCCAGCACUUGCUACCGAGCAGAAACUCAGACUGGCAAGGAACCUUGGGGUCUCUAUCGAGUGCACCAGUUCAACAAGGUGGAAAUGUUUGGGGUCACCGCCAAUGAGACGGGCUUCGAAAGCAGUGCCUUGAUGGAGGAAUUCCUCGCCCUCCAGAAAGAGAUUUUCCUGGAGCUGGGAUUACACUACAAAGUUCUGGACAUGCCCCCGCACGAACUGGGCCUGUCUGCCUUCAGGAAAUUUGACAUUGAGGCCUGGAUGCCCGGCCGGAACCAGUACGGAGAGAUAUCCAGCCUCUCUAAUUGCACUGAUUUCCAGUCGCGGCGCUUGAACAUCAUGUACUACGAUGAGAAACAGCAGCUCAGCUUCGCACAUACUGUUAACGGAACUGCUUGCGCGAUUCCCCGGAUGGUCAUUGCCAUCCUGGAGUCCAACCAACUCAAGGAUGGCAGUGUUCAGAUCCCAUCAGUCCUGCAGCCUCUGAUGGGCGCCGAGGUCAUCACCAAACCCAGCCACGUCCUGUUGAAAUACAUCGGUCCCAACCAGUUCAAGAAAGGGAAGAAACCAAUCUGGAAAACUCAGAACGAGUGAGGACCCUCCGUUAGGGGCCCGAUCCUGCUGCGGAAUGGGGCAGCCCCUCCGGGCUAGCAGAAGGGCUGUACUUCUGCCUGGCGCAUUGCGUCGGUUUUCUCCGUAAAAGUCGCCAAUGGAGAAAGGCGCUUCCUUGCGCCGUUCUGUUUCGGAGUGGUUCCCCUUCUGGGGGGGCCUCUGGGGGUCUUCCAGAGAUGACCCAUCAACCCAGCUGGCAGGGACUCUGGUUUUCUAACAGAGGUGUCUUUUAAGGAACUGCCUCUUCUGCACAAGGGGUGCCUCGGUACCGCUUUAGCCAGGCCUCGCUAGUGCCUCUCUUAAGGACGGAGACUUAUUUUCGAGAUGGGGGGGGAGUCCCUGAGUGGGGGAGCAGAACGGUUAUUUCAGCCUCUAGUUUCUUCUGCACCCAUCUUAACGUUCGUUCCUGUACUCUUUCCGCCCCCUGGAAAUUCAGGUCUUUGGAAACAGCCCACAUCUCAAAUCCCGGCAGGCUAUCUCGACCGGGAAGGAGAGGGCUGGAAAUAACAGAUGUAAAUAAAUAAGAUUCCCGGUGAUCUUUUCACUGUUUUAUCCUGUG